UGGGGCUCAAACAGUCGAGGGACUGCAGGACGAACACGUCCGUCCUCCAAACUCGUUUACGUCCGUCUGUUCACCUGUCCGUCUCUCCGUCUCUGUGUGACUCAACGAGGACGUCGGGGUUUUUUGCGGACUUGAACUUCCUGCCUGGACUUUGAUGACAGCACUUUCUCCUCCUCUGCCGCCCUUCAGGCUUUAAACUGAACUCUAUAAGAAAAACACUGAAAGCUUAAAACUGACGGACCCUGCAGCAGCCAAUCAGAACGCAGCUAUUGUCUCCAGAGCCUCGGGAUUGGCUGACAGCUCCUGACUUUUGACCUGAGCACAGUUUGUGCAGUUAUAGUGAAAUAUACUCUGCAGGUUUGAUUUGGUUUAUGCCCUGUUUGACUGUUUCCUGUUUCCACUCGAGCUCUGACCCAGGAGCAAAGAUGAAUUUGUAUUUUUAAACUAGUGAAUGAGAUCCAGACUUUAACUUUAUCAGUGAGUUUACAGUAUUUUACUCAUUUGGUUAUUAACUGUUUAUAACUGUCACCGCUUUGAAGGAGACGUUUGGUUUGAUUUAGCUUUGAGUGUUUUUGAUGGCGAUGAGGCGUCUGAGCAGCCUGGUGCUGAGGAAGUGGAAGGAGAAGGAGCGAUGGACGGGGAGGAGGAGGAGUGAGCCGUACGCAGGAGGAAACGAGGACGAGGAAGACGAGGGGGAGGAGAUGAAGACGGAGAGCAGAGACAGACUGACGGACAGACGGAUGAUGAGGAGGAAGUCUGAACCGUGUGGAGCGACAGAGGAGGAGGACCAGACAGAGGAGAAGAAGAAGAGCGGCGUGAGGAGAGAACGCAGGAUGUCUGAGCCCAGCGUGGAGGAGGAGGAGGUCAGGAGAGACAGGAGGAGGGCGGAGCCGGGCAGAGGGAGAGAGAGGAGGAAGUCCACGUCGUGGUUAAUGGCGGAGGACCGAGCAGCAGGCCAGGCGGACGGGAUGAAGCUGAGGCGGCGGUCGGAGCCCUGCGGCGUGCUGCACGUGCAGCUGCUUCCUCUGUCCGGCAGGAGGAGGCGGGAGCUGCUGCAGAGGAGAACGGGCCGCCGUGCCUCCUGCAGCGAGGAGGAGGAGUGUCACAUGACCAAGGGGCGGUCGGACCCCGCCGGGCCACUCGACUACACCAACAGUCUGUCCUCCCCUCCUCUUCCUCCCCCUUCUGCUCCUCUGGUCUUUCGUCAGGAGGAGGUGAGUGUUUUCCAUCUGGAGACGUACCUGACGGAGCCGAGGCGUCCGGAGACCAGGAGGCUGCGCUCCUUCUCUUCGCCCCCCGACACCGGCCAGCAAGUCUCUGCGUUCUCCUCUGCCUCCUUCACCUCCCUCUCCUCCUCCUCCUGCUGUCAGAAGCCUCCACCGGCCCCGCCUCCUGUGGCAUCUCCUCCUCCUGCUCCCCCUGUUGGGACGCUGGUGGAGGUUGCAGACACCAUGUCGGAGCAGCCGGACCCCGAUGAUGCCGCGUCCGAGGCGUCAGAGAGAGACAUCUACAUGCGCUUCAUGAAGUGCCACAAGUGCUACGACAUCAUCCCCACCAGCUCCAAGCUGGUGGUGUUCGACACCACGCUGCAGGUGAAGAAGGCGUUCUUCGCUCUGGUGGCCAACGGCGUGCGAGCCGCUCCACUGUGGGAGAGCAAGAAGCAAAGCUUUGUGGGAAUGUUGACCAUCACUGACUUCAUCAACAUCCUCACCAGAUACUACAAGUCCCCCAUGGUGCAGAUCUACGAGCUGGAGGAGCACAAAAUCGAGACGUGGAGAGAGCUCUACCUGCAGGAGACCUUCAAACCCCUGGUCCACAUCUCACCUGAUUCCAGCGUGUUCGAGGCUGUGCACUCGCUCAUCAAGAACAAGAUCCACCGUCUGCCCGUCAUCGACCCGGUCAGCGGGAACGCCCUCUACAUCCUGACGCACAAGAGGAUCCUCAAGUUCCUGCAGCUGUUUGUGUGUGAGAUGCCCAUGCCGGCCUUCAUGAAGCAGACUCUGGAGGAGCUCGGCGUGGGGACGUACACCAACAUCGCCUACAUCCACCCCGACACGCCACUCAUCACCGCCCUCUCCGUGUUCACGCACCGCCGUGUCUCCGCCCUCCCCGUUGUCGAUCACCACGGUAAAGUGGUGGACAUCUACUCCAAGUUUGACGUCAUAAACCUGGCAGCAGAGAAAACCUACAACAACCUGGACGUGACGGUGACUCAGGCGCUGAGGCACCGCUCCCAGUACUUCGAGGGAGUGAUGAAGUGCAACAAGCUGGAGACGCUGGAGACCAUCGUGGACCGCAUCGUGAAGGCCGAGGUUCACCGGCUGGUGGUUGUCGAUGAAGAGUCUCGCAUUGUCGGUAUUGUCUCUCUGUCUGACAUCCUGCAGGCACUGGUCUUAACCCCUGCAGGUCUGGGGAGGAAGGAGUCUCUCCCCCCUCAGCUGACAGCUCUGGACUCAGCGGGACCGGAGCAGGGCCGAAACCAAGACCAGAACCAGGACCUGGGAUCGGCGCCUGGAACAAAUCCAGAGACAGAAAGUAAACCCGAGUCAAAUCAGCAGGAGGAGAAGGAGGCCAGGGACCCUGAAAUAGGAGGAGAGACUGAUGCUGCAGAGACAGAGAGAGAGAGAGAGGAGGAGAAGGAAAAUGAGGAGAGAGAGGAGGGGGGAGAGGAUAAAGAUGAGGAAACAGAAGGAGAGAAAGAGGAGAGGGAGGAGGUGACAGAAGGAGAGGAAGAUGGAGGAACAACAGAGGUGGAGGCUGAGGAGGAGACCAAAGAGAAGGCAGAGAGAAACAAUGAUGAGGAGAUGGAGGGAGACAGAGGGGGAGGGGCAACAGAUGAGAGAGAGGGAGGAGAAACAGAGAUGGAGGCUGAGGAGGAGGACAGAGGGGUGGGAGGGCGUGAGGAAGAGGACGAGGGCGAUGGUAACGAGGGGGGAGGUGAAGAGAAAGGUGAGGUGGAGGAACAGCCAGAUGAAGGAGUGAGAGAGGAGGAGGGGAUGCCAGAAGGAGGCGGGGAUGGGGAGGCAGUGUGACAUCAUCGCCCGGCUUCUCUGGACUUUCAUCACGGCUUGCCGCGCUCCUCUCGAGCUGACCACCAUAGAAGAAGAAGAAGAAGGGGCGGGAUGCACAGUGCAGGCAUAUGAUUGGACAAGUCUUCUGGGGGUGGGCGGGGCCUGUGGGUGAUUCAUGUAUGCUAGAUCCAAUCAGGGAUCUCUGCUGGUCUCUUUAUUUGAUCCUCAAACUUUAAUGUUGACAAACUGUCACGUGUUUCAUCGACAAUCACAUCAUCACCAUGGCAACAUGAGCGACAGCAGCGCUGCACCUGCUGCAGGCACGACAGAUCCCGAGCGAUCCGAUUGGCUCACUGAUUGCCAACAGGUAGUAAAAAAACAGUACUCGUUUAUUCUGUAAACAAAACCUGCCCUCUGUUAUGUCACGAAGGGGCGGGCCCAUCACGCUGUCGCGCUGCCUUUGAAUCCUGACCAUGGUCUCUGAUUGGUGGAGAGUUUUAUCGAUGACUGGUUGUGCCACAGGUGAGUGAAAGAGCUCACCUGUGUACCUGAGGUGAUUGUACGAGUGCGUCUGUUUUAUUAUUUUGUGUAAAUCUGAACAAAGAUGAAUUUUAUUGUUAAUGUAUUCAUAGUUUCUGUGGUGAGGGGGGCGGGCUGCAGGUGGCGCUAACACGCAGUGUGGACCACCAGACAGAUGAACCUUGUAUAUAAAUGCUUUAUACCCAGGGACUCUGGGAAAUGUAGUUAUUUAACAGAGCAGGUUGUCCCAGCUGUGAUGCGUUCGCUGACGUCACGUGUCAGAGAGCUUCUGUCAGAGCGUCUGUGCUGCUGUUCAGACGAUGAAUAAAGCGUCCUGAUGUUUCGCUGUG